AAAUCGACCUAUGCUCCAAACCAAACCCUCUACAUCACCAAUCUCCCUUCCUCCAAGAUACAGAAACCGGAUCUGCGAAUUGCACUCUACAUGAUAUUCUCGACCUACGGUCCUGUGCUCGAUGUCGUGGCUUUACGAACAACGAAGAUGCGUGGUCAAGCCCACAUUGUGUUUAGAGAUGCGCAAACUGCUACUCAAGCCAUGAGAGCACUCCAAGGAUUCGAAUUCUUCGGCAGAGAGAUGCAAAUCCAAUAUGCCAAAUCGAAAUCUGAUACUAUCGCCAAGCUAGACGGCACAUUCAGAAUGCCUGCGGCAGCUGCAGGUGCAGUCACUGCUACAGAGCUUCAGCAGAGUAUCUUCAAUGCCCCGCCAUCUGCUGCAACUACGACAAAUACUACAGCUCCUGCGUUGGGCACCUUGAAGCCUCCAUCCACUGAUCACGCUAUGGAAGAUGCACGAAGUCCGACGACGAGUGUGGCCGGUCAAAAGAGAAGGCGUGACGAAGAGGAUGAAUCAGAGGAGGAUAGUGAAGGAGACGUGGCUAUGGACGAAGACAGUGACUGA